UCGAUGGCGCGAUACAACAGCAUAAUCUGCGAUUUGGGAGAUGUCCUCUUCAAAUGGUCUCCUCCAUCCAGCCACACCAUUUCUCCGAAAAACCUGCAGAAAAUCUUUUCCUCUGCGACAUGGUUUGAGUACGAGAAAGGCGGUGUCUCCCAGCAGGUCUGCUAUGGCCGUCUCGGACAAGAAUUGUCCCUCGAUCCGGCUGACAUCCGCAAAACAAUCGACGACUCCUGUGCCUCCCUGAAAUGGGACAGGAAUCUGGCGAGCUUCUUCCAGGAGCUCAAAGACACGAAUCGGGAAUCGCUGCGUAUCUUUGCUAUGUCCAACAUAUCGCAACCAGACUAUGAAGCGCUCCGGAGCAUUUCGGCGGACAUGGACUGGUCGGUUUUCGACGGCAUCUUCACCUCCUUUGCAGCAGGUAAACGUAAACCUGAUCUGAGUUUUUACCGCUACACGCUGUCUCAAGCGAAUCUCGAUCCCUCUCGAACCAUUUUUAUAGACGACAAGCUCGAGAACGUACUCUCAGCGCGUUCUCAAGGACUACAUGGUCUCGUAUACCAUGGCUUCAGAGAAUUGAAGCAAUCAUUACUCAAUCUGGUGGGAAAUCCGGUACUGAGAGGUCAAGAAUACUUGAAGGAGAAUGCAGGGCGUCUUACCUCCGAAUGCGCUGGACUAGUCAUUCAGGAAAACUUUGCUCAGCUGCUCAUUUUGGAGAUGACUAGUGAUCGUAGAUUACCGUGGUUAUCCGAGCUGAUAACGAUCAAAGGGGAUGGUCAACUUACGACGACAAAAUUUCCUUGUGACCUGGACACGACCUCGCUUGGGCUCACAGUGAUUCGAGCGAAAGAAGAGGUAGCAGCAUCUACGAUGGAUGAGAUGUUGAUGUAUGUGAAUGAGGACGGAAUCGUACAGACGUACUUUGACCGCACCCGGCCGCGGAUUGAUCCCGUUGUCUGUGUAAACGUCCUCAACCUCUUCUACUCUUACGGUCGAGGAAAUGAAAUGAGCCAAACCUUGGAAUGGGUAUACCAGGUCCUUCUCCAUCGUGCAUACGUACAAGGAUCGCGAUACUACGAGACAGCAGAAAGCUUCCUCUUCUUCCUCUAUCGAUUUAUCAGCGGUUGCGAUAACUCAGUCAUCCACAAUCGUUUCUAUCCGCUCCUGAGAGAUAGAGUUAUGGAGCGGAUUGGGACAGAAGGAGACGGACUUGCCUUGGCGAUGCGCCUGAUUGUGUGCGACUUUACAGAUGUGAAGAAUAAGAUCGACCUCCAGACUCUCCGAGGGCUUCAGCGUGAGGAUGGAGGGUGGGAUAUUGGCUUGAUAUACAAAUAUGGCUCUUCGGGUCUCCGUAUUGGGAAUCGGGGUCUGACGACGGUAAUGGCUAUCCACGCUAUCCAGUGUAGUAGCAUGGCUAGUUCCUCACUAUGGAACGGCGACGAAUCAGCCUUUCAAUGAUGACAAUAAGGAUGUAUCAUGGUGUAAUUUGUUGAUUUCGUAC